AAAACCCAGCCCAGCAACGAUAAAAAGGCAAGGGAAACAAAAGGAAGCAUCACGAGAUAAAAGAGAGGAGGCUGGCCGGCGACCAGUACUCGCCACAGCUAGACGCCGCUAGGCUGUUGUGUCCUGUGUGCGGAAUCGCCGCUCUCGGCCGCCGCCGCUGGUGUCCCUCCCUCCCUCUUGCGCCGCCUGUCCCCGCACCCCUCGCACUCGAAACCUUUCCCCAACAGAUUUCGUCCUGGUGUGGGCGGCUGUUGCUUGUGGAUACGUUUCAUCUCUAUAUAUCUCACUGCUUUGGAUUCUUCUUCCUGAUUUGCCAAGAGAGGCCCAGAAGAGGAAGCACGCAGGAACCAACCAACCAGUCAUCGAAUCGGCGUGCGGCGGUCUGGUGAUUUUAAGGGUCGAGAUCGUGUUCUUGGGAGGCUGAGGGACAAGAGCUCCCUUCCUGUCCUCUUUCCUGCGGCUUGUCUUGGUCCAAGAGGGCAAAACUCGCCGGGAGGAAAUGGCGGAGGUGAAGCCGGAGGAGAUAAGCCAUCCGCCCAUGGAGCAGCUCCAGGGGUUCGAGUACUGCAUAGACUCGAACCCUCCCUGGGGCGAGGCGAUCAUACUGGGCUUCCAACACUACAUACUGGCGCUGGGCACAGCGGUGAUGAUCCCGGCGGUGUUGGUUCCCAUGAUGGGUGGCGACGAUGGAGACAGGGUCAGGGUGGUGCAGACGCUGCUGUUCGUGACGGGGAUAAACACGCUGCUGCAGUCCCUCUUCGGGACCCGGCUGCCGACGGUCAUCGGCGGCUCCUACGCGUUCGUGAUCCCGAUAAUGGCCAUCAUCCAGGAACCGUCGCUUUCGGGGAUAGCCGAUGGUCACCAGAGGUUCCUCGAGACCAUGAAGGCGAUACAGGGGGCACUGAUAGUGUCCUCCAGUAUUCAGAUCAUCCUGGGCUACAGCCAGCUGUGGGGUAUUUUCUCCAGAUUUUUCAGUCCAGUGGGGAUGACUCCAGUGGUUGCGCUGCUGGGAUUUGGCCUUUUCGAAAGAGGUUUCCCUGUGGUUGGGAGAUGCGUGGAGAUUGGCUUGCCAAUGCUGAUUCUCUUUGUUGUGCUCUCUCAGUAUCUGAAGAAUAUACAAAUAAAAGAAAUUCCCAUACUGGAAAGGUUCUCCCUUUUCAUCUGUAUCGCAUUGGUAUGGGCAUAUGCUCAAAUCCUCACUUCAGGUGGAGCCUAUAAGAAUAGCUCUGAGGUCACUCAGAACAACUGCCGCACUGACAGAGCCAAUCUGAUCUCUUCUGCCCCAUGGAUUAAGAUUCCUUACCCGUUGCAAUGGGGUGCACCAACCUUCAAUGCUGGCCAGUCAUUUGGUAUGGUGUCUGCUGUUUUGGUCUCGCUAGUAGAGUCCACUGCCUCUUACAAAGCUGCUGCUCGGCUUGCAAGUGCGACUCCACCUCCGGCUCAUAUCCUGAGUAGAGGCAUUGGGUGGCAGGGAAUCGGCAUCCUUCUUGAUGGGCUCUUUGGAACGGGGACUGGAUCCACUGUCUCAGUGGAGAACGUUGGGUUGCUUGGGUCGACAAGGAUUGGGAGCCGGCGCGUUAUACAGAUCUCAGCUGGCUUCAUGAUAUUUUUCUCCAUACUGGGGAAAUUUGGAGCUUUGUUCGCUUCUAUCCCAUUCACCAUCUUUGCAGCUGUGUACUGCGUCUUGUUUGGACUAGUUGCUGCAGUGGGGCUGUCCUUCUUACAGUUCACUAACAUGAACUCCAUGCGCAACCUCUUUAUCGUCGGCGUCUCCAUCUUCCUGGGCCUGUCCGUGCCGGAAUACUUUUUCCGGUACACCAUGGCUGCUCACCGUGGUCCUGCGCACACCAAAGCUGGAUGGUUCAACGACUACAUCAACACCAUCUUCUCGUCACCGCCGACGGUGGGGUUGAUUGUGGCCGUGUUCCUGGACAACACGCUGGAGAUGAAGGACGCGGGCAAGGACCGGGGGAUGCCGUGGUGGCUGCGGUUCCGGGCGUUCAAGGGCGACAGCAGGAACGAGGAGUUCUACAGCCUGCCAUUCAACCUCAACCGCUUCUUCCCUCCGGCGUAAACCCGGCCGCUUCUCUGGAACAAGUCACACUCAGAUUGCUGAGCCCAGCUUUGAUUUGUGUAGGAGAUCGAUCGAGUUGCCCACAUUGUUUGAUUCGUUGAUCUCUAGCUGUUUCAUGUUGUAGAUUAUCUUGGGGAGGGGAGGUCUCCUAGUAUGCUACUGACCAACCCAGUAAAAAUGGUCGCCUACCGUUUUUGUUAUACUUGUUAGUACAUGCGUGUACCGUCGUC